CCUCCGCUCACGCACCCACCCUUCACAAAACCCUAGCCCCCGGCAGCCGCAGCGGCGCGCACCCCACCUCCUCCUUGACAGCGGUGUCGUCGGCGACAGGCGGCAGGAUGGCUACCCCUACUGAGACCGCAGCCGCGGCCUCCUCGGCGCUCACGGUGAAGGAUGUCGCCCCCCACGACUUCAACAAGAAAUACGCCGCGCACCUCAAGCGCUCGGGCAAGAUGGAGCUUCCUGAGUGGGUUGAUAUUGUCAAGACUGCAAGGUUCAAGGAGCUUCCUCCCAAUGAUCCCGAUUGGUAUUACAUCAGAGCUGCUUCAAUUGCAAGGAAGAUCUACCUGAGGCAGGGUAUUGGGAUCGGUGGCUUCCAGAAGAUCUACGGUGGACGACAGAGGAAUGGCUCACGUCCCCCGCACUUCUGCAAGAGCAGUGGUGCUAUUUCCCGCAACAUCCUGCAGGAGUUGCAGAAGAUGGGGAUCAUUGACGUUGAUCCCAAGGGUGGAAGGAUCAUCACCUCCCAGGGAAGGCGUGAUCUUGACCAGGUUGCUGGAACAGUUGCUCCUGAAAUCUGAUCAAUGGAAACUAUCUUAAUGUUUGGUAGUAGAAUUUGGCUACAGUUUUGAAUCCAGAUACCCAUGUGUUUGUUCCUGAAAGAUGUUAACGUGGGAUGUGUCCAAUUAUGUUGGGAUGAGAUAUUUUCGGAGCUUCUAGGUUAACCGCCAGACCAUCUAUGUUUGUGAACCCUUGUAUUGGAGUCUCUUGGCGUAUGCAAGUCUUUUAUUUUGUGGGUAUAUUAUGCAAUUCUUUGGUCAUGAAUGUGGAUUGGUUGCAUUUUUUCAAUUAUUGAAGUUUUUGUA